AGGAGUAAAAUUGAAUAUAUAAAUAUCGUAAGAUGUUCCGGAAAAACAGUCUUUUUAAGGACACCAACAUAAUGAGUUUGGUAAAGAAAAUAACUAGAAAAAUUUUCAGAUUAGUAGAAAAUAGGGAAAAACGUUUCCUACACAAUACAUCGAUUGAGGUUUUAAAAUACGUUAUAACUAAUAAGAGUUUACCAUUGUGGGUAAAACUUUACUUCAUAAUCAUAUCCGGAUUGGUUGUAUUUGUGGCAGUAAACUUGGCUGUUGGAAUCUACAAUAAAUGGGAAAACACGCCAGUAAUUAUAGGAAUCAGUUCGCACAUGACUACUAUAAACUCGAUUCCUUUUCCUGCAAUAACUAUCUGCAAUAUGAACCAAGCUAAAAAAUCUAAAGUAGAGCAUUUGGUUCCGGGAUCUAUUGAGUACGCCAUGCUACAAAAGACAUGUUACAGAGAGACCAAUUACACUUCGUUCAAAAAUUUACAGCAAAAGAAUGAAACUUUUACGAAUUUUAUAGUUAACAUUUCGGAAAAGUGUGAAAAUCUAAUAGUGUCUUGCAUGUUUCAUCAACAAAAAAUUCCUUGCACCGAUAUUUUUCGGGAAAUAUUUGUGGACGAAGGUCUCUGCUGCAUAUUUAAUUUACUGCAUCCAUAUUAUUUAUAUAAAUUUAGAUCGCCUUAUGUUCGCGAUUAUACAUCCUUGGAAAGAUUUUCAGAUAUCGCGGUAGACUGGGAUCCGAUGUCAGGAUACCCAAAAAGACUUCCAUCAAGAUAUUAUCCGCGUCCCGGCGUUGGAGCUGGGAGUUCUAUGGGGCUUCAAAUUAUUCUCAACGGUCAUGUUGAUGAUUAUUAUUGUUCUUCGACCAAUGGACUUGGAUUUAAAGUUCUCCUAUAUAACCCGAUUGAUCAACCCCGUUUGAAGGAAUCUGGACUGCCGGUAAUGCUAGGUCGCCAGACGACAUUUCGGAUAAUCGCCAGGAGCUUUGAAGCCUCUCCUAAUAUACGACACAUUCAAAGAUCAAAACGACAAUGCAUUUUUAGCGACGAACAAAAGCUGCUCUUUUAUCGUUACUACACUCGAAGAAAUUGUGAAUCCGAAUGUGAUGCUUUAUUUUUCCUCAGAUUGUGUGAUUGUAUUCCAUAUUAUUUGCCCUUGGUCUAUCCUAACGCUUCAAUAUGUGACGUUGAUCGGUUCCAAUGUUUAAAUAAUGCCGAACUGGAGGUUUUUGACGUUGAAAGUUCUCAAUGCAAAGAACUUUGCCUACCCAGCUGUCACGAUUUAAUAUUCUAUCCUGAUUCAUUCACCACACCGUUUAGUAAAGCAAACUUUAGGACUCGAAGCGACUAUUUAAAAAAUUUGUCAAGUGAAUAUAUUCGCAAAAAUUUGGCGGUUGUGCAUUUUUUUCACACAGAAAACUAUUUUCGAAGUAAUGUGAGGUCCUCGUAUACAGGAUCAACAGAAUAUAUGGCUCAAACUGGCGGACUAAUGAGUCUAAUGAUUGGAUUCAGCGUCAUCUUUAUAGCCGAAAUAAUAUAUGUUAUCUUGUUUAUUUUAUCUAUGAUCAUUUUUAUAAUGUUUUAAGUACGUUUGCCAGUUAUACUACAAUAUAAAUUUAAUCUUAAAUACCUAAAAAAUGUAUUCAUCAU